AGUACACAUAGACACAGACGUGACAAUAAUGGACUGUGAAGGCCCUUUGCCAGUCGGCCAAGAAGUGAGUGCGAAGUUUCGCGGCGCUUUCUGUGAAGCCGUGGUGCGCUCAUCGAGCAAUGAAGUGCAAGUGCACGUGAACUUUACCGACAAGUCGGUGUCAUCGCGGGUGGUUCCAUUGAAAGAACUCAGAGGCAAUGUAGUGUUGGGCGGACUGGUACAAGGCCCUACUGGUUCAGCCAGAGGACAGUUCGAUGACUGUGUGAUCACGCGCAUUGUAGAUAAAAGCGUGUAUGAGGUUGAGUUUGACGACGGCGAUUUGAAGAACUUGAAACGAAAUAAUAUCAGGCCUAAAGGACGUGCCUAUUUCACGAACGACACAACUAUAGAAAGUUUGCCUCUGAUGGAUCCGGAGAAGUUCGCUGCACUGCCCACGCGUGCAUCAAGAGCAAGUGAGCGCAGCGCCAGUACCGUUUCCUCGUCGACAAGACAACGCUCGCGCACUGUCAGUGCGAGUGGGGUCUCAUCCGAUACGAAGUCAAAGGGGCGACCACGCAUCAGUAUGACCGCGCCUAACUCGCUGAGUAAUCUGAGAGCCAAUGGCCUCAAGGAUGGUGAGGGCUUGGCUGUGUCACGUACAGUCUCCAUCGCUAAUGUCGUAAGUGAUGCGUUCAAGUUACGUACCACACGGCUGGCGGGUAUGGCAGUGUUUGUGGAGCCGUUGAGCAACCACUCGGCACCGUACUGGUACACCGCUUUGGUUGUACCGUUUGCCUGCGUAGACCCGGUGUCGAUGGGUGUGGAAAGUUUAAGUAGCGGCAAUUGUGUGGUCCGAUACUUCAGAGAUGGAGUGUACGGUGCGGUACCUGAGGCGUGUUUGCGGAGGUUCAGCACAGAGAUACCCCUCUUUCGCCUCUUCUGCAAGCAGUCACGUGGCUUUCAGAAUGAGCCCGAGAUUGUUGCGGCCAUCGACUUCCUGGAAACAAAUAAAUUGGAUGUCUCUCUGCGCUGGCCCAAUUUUGUGCCGCUGAAGAAACGACAGGCCGACUACCACUCGGAUUCAGAAGAGAGUGAGGGCAGGCACUCCCACGAGGAUGAGAGCGAAGCCGUCGACAGCGAUGGUGAUCAUCUGCAGGCCAAGCGCGGGCGCAAGGCGAAGGGCAGGAAGCGGCGCACAGAGUCUACGAGUGGUACAUGGUCGAAGAAACAGUGCUUGGACACCCGCGACACGCUCGUGGAAGGAGCAGACACAGAGAAUAUGGAUGGAGAAGAUGAGGAUGAGUACACCGUGAAUAGGGAGAAGACUAAGCCGCGCGUACGUCGACGGAAAGUGCCCAGGCGCGUGAGUGUGAGUGCAAGUGCGGUGGAUGUGGAUGGUCGAGACGGGGAGAAGCGUGCGAAGAAGGGCUGCAAAUACCGCGGGGCAUCGGAACGGCCCGUUACGCCUACGCCGUUGGAGAUGGAGGCCUUGUACACGAACCAAUGGAAGUUUAAGAAGAAUGCGCACGUGUGGGCGAUGUCUUAUGUGGAUGGACGGGUAUAUGAGGCUAAGGUUACGGAUAGAAAGCUGAUGUCCAAUGCCAGAGAUAGGAGGAGGCAACAGAGAGCUCAGGCAAGCAACAGCUACAGGAAUCAACCCACUCCCCACUACAAAAUCCACUACAUCAUGUGGUCAACUGACAGAUAUGACGAAUGGAUCCAGGAAGAACAUGUAUUUGACACCAAUCCCGAUGCAAGACCCGCGGUGCGAGCCCGUAAGCAAGAUAGCCAGGUGCGUGCGGCUUCUGUGAGCAGUGCCACGAGUGAAGAGUCUGCAAAAGACACGAGUACAGUAGACAACCCCCCAGCACUGUCAAAGAGCGUCAGCAGUGACAGUGUUGAUCAUGAUGUGGAUCGCAAAAGUGAGUCAGGGGAUUCAGAGAAUGUGAUUUCGGGGGCUAAGGAGGAGAAGAGCGUGGGUGUGCGUGUGUGUCUGGAGGAUGUUACCAGCGAUGCAGAGAGUACUAUUCACGAGGAGGAUACAAUCAGGCGUCCUGGACAGGAUGCAGGCAUGGGAACGGGCGAGAAGGGAGCCAGCGUUGCGGGUAGCAAAUUUGACCGGAAUAGUAGCGAGAAGCGGGCUAGUACCGAGGGAGUCAGAAAGGCUAAAAAUACAGAGCGGGAUCCGAAUACUAGUCAAAAGGUCUCUGCGAAUGUGAAGGUGGAAGGGACCCAGGGACAGUUAGAUGUUCCAAGCGAAGCUUGUGAAAGUCUUAGCGAUAAGGAGCAGAUGGGACACAUUGCCACUGAAAAUAAUAUCGGAGACACACAAGAUGCUGCAAGUAAAGGGCUAGGCGAGGUAUCAAUGGAUGAGGACACACUCCCUGUCAGGACGCCGUCAAAGCGUAGGAAACGGAAAUACGCGGAAGGAACGCCGAAAGCUCAGGGUAAGGAAUCAUCUGCUCAAGAAGUAAUCCCGAAAGGUAGCAACGGUGUCGAACUCGCUAUCAACACUGACACUGAGACAGCAGGCGCGCAAACCUCCGCUUCUAGCUAUACCACUAAUCCAUUAGUACAUGAAGACACGAAUGAUAAAUAUAUAUCUCCAGAAAUGGAUGACAUGACUCGCUCGGUGAUUCGGCGACCUCGUGGCCGGAAAGGCCGUAAAAGAGGUCCCCGCAAGACUUAUGUUGCUGUGGAGCUGACCAGCCCGGAUUCUGCACGUCUGUUGGGCGAGCUAGUGUCAACCAUCGAUACGCAAAAUUCUGAGGCGGACGAUGUCCAAGAUAUAGUACUCGGUGAAACGCGCAAGCGUGCACGUUUUUCUCCUGUAGGAGAUGAUACUGCUGCGAAUGCAAGCGAAAAGGAGCUCUCCGAGGGCGUUUGCUUGAGCGAGGUGCGGGGGGCUGAUGACUAUUCCGACAUCCCUGUCUGCGGAAAUAGCGAUCCUGAGGUGAUAAGAGAGGAUGCGGUUAGGAAUCCAGACGCGAACAAUCUUAGUGCUGUUGAGAAUGCUCUUGAAUCCCCAUUUGAGGCGGAAUCGUUGGAUUCGAAAAAUAGUGCUGUUGAGAAUGCUCUUGAAUCCCCAUUUGAGGCGGAAUCGUUGAAUUCGAAAAAUAGUGCUGAGCUGGAUAUGGCUAAGAGCCCCUCUAGAGAUGUUCCACUUGAGUUGGACAUUGGUCAAAGAAUUGGGAAGUCCAAGAGUAUCACUUCCCCAGUUACAUCCAAAGUCGAGCCAGUAGAUGCGCAACUAGGUGUGGCAGACAACUCGAGCACUCAUUCAGAAGGUGAUGCCGAGGGGAUGAUUGAUGUGAAAGCAGGCGCAAAUUCCACGCUUGCGAAAGUUGUGAGGACCGAUUCGAAUGUGCCAGCGCUUGGGACAAAGUCGAAAACAGACUGGAAUUUCUCGCUACAAAUUGGUUCGAAACAAGACACGGAUGAUGUAGCUGCAACUGCGAAUGAUGUAGCUGCAGCUACGGAUGAUGUAAAUGCAGCUGUGGAUGAUGUAACUGCAGCUACUGACGAUGUAAUUGCAGCUACGGAUGAUGUAACUGCACCUACGGAUGAUGUAGCUGCACCUACGGAUGAUGUAACUACACCUACGGAUGAUGUAACUGCAGCUGCGGAUGAUGUAAAUGCAGCUGUGGAUGAUGUAACUGCACCUACGGACGAUGUAAUUGCAGCUACGGAUGAUGCAACUGCACCUACGGAUGAUGCAACUGCAGCUACGGAUGAUGUAACUGCACCUACGGAUGAUGUAGCUGCAGCUACGGAUGAUGUAACUACACCUACGGAUGAUGUAACUGCAGCUGCGGAUGAUGUAACUGCACCUACGGAUAAUUUAGCUGCAACUACGGAUGGUAUAGCUGCAGCUGCGGAUGAUGUAUCUAGAGCUACGGAUGAUGUAUCUAUAGCUACGGAGGAUGUAUCUACAGCUACGGAUGAUGUAUCUACAGCUACGGAUGAUGUAACUUCAACUACAGAUGAUGUAGCUGAAGCUACGGCUGAUGUAACUACAACGACAGAUGAUGUAGCUGAAGCUACGGUUGAUGUAACUACAACUACAGAUGAUGUAGCUGAAGUUACGGUUGAUGUACCUGCAGCUACAGAUGAUCUAUCUGCAGCUACGGUUGAUCUACCUGCAGCUACCGAUGAUGUAGCUGCAGCUACGGUUGAUGGCCAACAGUACACUAAUGACGAUGCGACGCAGGAAUCGGUGGGCUUGGUUAGUGACGACCAACGGGACAAUCCGACUGCGCGUGAGGCCGAUGUAGCUGUCGGAGUUAGUGUGCAGAAGAGCAAGGCCACCGCCUCAAAUCAAGCUCGUGCCGAGGACUCUGAAAGCGAGCACGGGAGCGAUACAAAGAAUAACAUUGGAAGGCAGGGUGAGACUUGCGAUGGAAAUGUAAGGAGAUCGCGCAAAACUGAGAGUGCGCCAGAUGGUGAACAGUGUGCAGAUGGUGGCGAAGGGAGGGGGGAAGGCAGGGAGGCUGACGAACAGAAGGGAGCCUCGGGCUCAUCCUAUACAGUAUAUACUUCCACAACAACACACAAGCAGGAAAUGGGCGACGGCAUGACGCUUACAAAGGAGGAGUUCAAGGUCCGUCAUACGUUGGAUACUGGCGGCAUCACAAUUUCGAACCAGCAGAUACAUGAGGUCAAGCAUACCGUAGAGAAAAGCACCAUCCAUCCAAACCUCCAAUGGACAGCUGAUGGUGGACUGGAGAUGUCGACUUUAGAAGAGCGAAUGAGGCAGUUGAAACAGCAGUACCUGGCUCACAAGGCUGAACUUGCUAGAAGAGAGCGUAUGAGGCGUAUGAAGAAAGAAAACACAUUGAAUGCUAACGGGCAGGGGACCCCAACCGAGGCUUCCAAUGGACUCCCGGAUAGUAAUAGCGAGGAACAAAACGACAAUGUCAGUGGACCCGCGCAUCCCAAAGUGGAGAACAUCUCGUCCGACAAAGCGCACAGCAUAGGUACAAGGUGA